AUGGCUGCUUCUGGGACGCUGAGCACUUUCCGCCUUCCGCCGUUGCCCACGAUUCGAGAAAUCAUUAAGUUGUUCAGGCUGCAAGCGGUGAAGCAGCUAUCCCAGAAUUUUCUCCUGGACUUGAGGCUGACAGAUAAAAUCGUAAGGAAAGCUGGCGAUCUGACAAAUGCUUAUGUUUAUGAAGUGGGCCCUGGGCCAGGGGGAAUCACAAGAUCCAUUCUCAAUGCCAAUGUUACUGAACUUCUGGUGGUUGAAAAGGAUAGUCGAUUUAUUCCUGGAUUACAGAUGCUUUCCGAUGCAGCACCUGGAAAACUGAGAAUUGUCCAUGGUGAUGUGUUAACAUAUAAGAUAGAAAGGGCUUUUCCAGAAAGCCUUAAAAGACGGUGGGAAGAUGAUCCUCCAAAUGUACAUAUUAUUGGAAAUCUGCCUUUUAGCGUAUCAACUCCACUGAUUAUCAAGUGGCUUGAAAAUGUUUCUUGUAAGGAUGGACCUUUUGUUUAUGGCAGAACCCAGAUGACAUUGACUUUCCAAAAGGAAGUGGCAGAGAGACUUACAGCCAGUACAGGAAGCAAACAGCGCAGUCGCCUUUCUGUUAUGGCCCAGUACCUCUGCAACGUUCAGCACAUCUUGACCAUUCCGGGUCGGGCUUUUGUCCCUAAACCAGAGGUGGACGUGGGCGUGGUGCACUUCACGCCCCUGACGCGGCCCAGGAUAGAGCAGCCAUUCAAGCUGGUGGAGAGAGUCGUGCAGAACGCAUUUCAGUUCCGAAGGAAAUACUGCUAUCGAGGCCUGGGGAUGUUAUUCCCUGAAGUUCAGCGCGUGGAAAGCACUGAGAAACUGUUAGAGUUGGCGGACGUGGACCCUACCCUUCGACCCAGCCAGCUCUCUGUCUCCCAUUUUAAGAGCCUCUGUGAUGUGUACCGGAAAAUGUGUGAUGAAGACCCACACCUCUUUACUUAUAAUUUCAGAGAAGAACUCAAGCAAAAUAAAAGCAAAAAUCAGGAAAGAGAGAACGACAAGGAGAGAUCCCGACGAUAG